GAUGCUGCUGCAGCAUCAGUCCAACCCAUGUUUGGUGAAUAAGGUGAAGAAGACUCCACUGGACCUGGCCUGUGAGUUUGGACGAGUUAAGGUGGCCCAGCUGUUGCUCAGCAGUAACAUGGUGGUGGCGUUACUGGAAGGAGAGAGGAAGGAGCAGACAGACUCCGCCUUCACCACACCGCUGCACCUCGCCGCCCGCAACGGACACAAAGACAUCAUCCGGUUACUGCUGAACGCUGGCAUCGACAUCAACAAAACCACCAAGUCUGGAACGGCGCUGCACGAAGCCUCACUGUACGGGAAGACGGAGGUGGUGCGCCUCCUGCUGGACGCUGGCGUGGACGUGAACAUCCGAAACACCUACAACCAGACGGCGCUGGACAUCGUCAACCAGUUCACCACGUCGCACGCCAGCAGGGACAUCAAACAGCUGCUGCGAGAUGCGACGGGGGUGCUGCAGGUCCGAGCUCUGAAGGAUUAUUGGAACAUCCAUGACCCGACGGCGCUCAACAUCCGAGCGGGUGACAUCAUUAUGGUGAUGGAGCAGCACAUGGACGGCCGUUGGAAGGGACACAUCCACGACAGCCAACGGGGGACGGACAGAGUGGGCUUCUUCCCCCCGUCCAUUGUGGAGGUCAUCAGCAGACGAAACGGGGGCACCCUGUCCCGCCACGCCUCCCUGCCCACCCAGCGCCAGCAGCUGCUGUCCAGAGCCCCCCUGUCCUCCAGCCUCAGCUCCGCCCCCCAGACCGACGACUCCUACACCCUGUAUGCCCCGCCCACCCACGUGGUGCUGCCGCUGGCCAACGGCCUCGCCGCUAACGCAGCAGGAGAUCGGAACAGCGUGGGCAGCACCGGCAGCGUGGGGAGCACCCGGAGCGCCGGCAGCGGCCAGAGCACGGAGAGCAACAGCGCCCCCAACGGACUGCAGCACAGCGCCGGUCACCAUGACAACGGCAGCAAGACGACGCCCUCUGCUGGAGACUCUGGACACAACGACCUCAGCUCACAGCCUGAUCAUCCACCAGGUGGGACUCCACGGCGGCAGACGGUGACGGUUCAGAGAGCAGCAGAACAGAGUUUCUCUCAGCAGUUUGUUCGACCUCAGCAGCUGCUGGAGGGGAAGGACGCCGAGGCCAUCUACCAGUGGCUCAGUGAGUUCCAGUUGGACCAGUACACUGCCAACUUCCUUGGUGCCGGUUAUGAUGUCCCAACCAUCAGCAGGAUGACUCCAGAGGACCUGACCGCCAUUGGAGUCACCAAACCAGGACACCGGAAGAAGAUCUCCAUCGAGAUCAACAACCUGAACAUCCCUGAGUGGCUGCCGGAGUACAUUCCAUUGGAUCUGGGCGAGUGGCUCAGUGCCAUCGGACUCCCUCAGUAUCACAAGAAACUGUCUGAAAACGGCUACGACUCCAUCAACAUCGUCAAAGAUCUGACAUGGGAGGACCUGCAGGAGAUCGGCAUCACCAAACUGGGUCACCAGAAGAAGCUGAUGCUAGCGGUGAAGAAGCUGUGCGACAUCCAGAGGGCCAUCCUUCAGGCUGAAUCCGGUCAGGGCACCCUGCGCCGUAAAGGCCCCGGAGCCCUGCACCUGGUCACCAUCGAGCCGUCCGAUUCUGGAGGCGAGUGUUCGUCUCCUCACACCCCGAAGAUGAUGACAUUUCAGGACAGCGAACUGAGCGCCGAGCUGCAGACAGCCAUGUCCAGCCACUACGGAGGCUGCGAUGAAGGUCUGGCCAUUAAACACGCCGUGGGGAUGUCCCAGAGCCAGGACAGCAUCGACACCCGGUCCAGAGGCUCCGGACGGUCCCAGGAGCCCCCCACAGCUUCCAUCGGCCCCCAGAGCUGGUCCCAGGAAAGUCUGGAAGGCAGUCCUGCCAAGGAGAGGAACCUCCCUGAGGGUUGGGACCAGAGACCCAAACAGGUCCCACUAGGGACUGCCACCGUCUUCAAGUACCCAACAAUACCUGCAAAACCCAAACUCUCUGGAUCCCCUCAUGGAUCUCCAGUUUUCAAAGACCUCAGCUCCUCCUCCAGACCUGAUGACUACGCCAAACCUCGGACCCAGAGCCUGAUCCGCUACGCCCUUUCAGACGGAGAAGCUGAUGAGGACGAGGAGGAGCUGGCGGUUCCUUCUGGAAACCUGCCGUCCUACGCCACCUUGACCCGCAAACCAGGCCGCAGUCAGUUGGGUCGGCUUCAGUCGAGUCCAGAGAAGAAUGUAGGACGGAGUCAGUCCUUUGCAGUUCGUGCCAGGAAGAAGGGUCCUCCUCCUCCUCCACCCAAGAGGCUGAGCUCCGUAAGCAGCACCACCAGUGGGGAGCUGAGCGACAGCAGCACCACGUCGUCCUCUGGUGGAGGCGUGGUCACCGACAGUCCCGGGAGCGUGAGGAGCAUCGCAGCUUCUCUGGAGGGCAGCACAGAACUGAAGAAUCCACUAGGACCUAAACUAGACCAGAUGACCCAGGUCCAGGAUCAGGAGGCUUCAGGGGUGAGGAGGAGGGUUCAGAGUGAGUGUGUUAAUGUGGAGACCAGUAGAAACCCAGAGCUGGACCAAGGAGUCAAGUCAGACUCUGAGGAAGAAGAACCUAAAGGUCCUGGGCUCGAAGCCUCCUCGUCCCCCCAGAACAGCUCCAGUGAGUGCAUCCCCUUCGCCGAAGAGGGUAACCUGACCAUCAAACAGAGACCUAAAGCCCCAGGGCCUCCCCGGGCUGAGGCAGUCCUGGAACCUCCAUUGCCAGCCAAGAACGAGGAGGCCCCCGAGUUCAACCUUAAAGAGUCAGACACGGUAAAGCGGCGACACAAACCCAAAGACAAGGAAUCAGGUGGUGGAUCCCCCUGCAGGGAGGGAGCAUCUAGGUCCGAGUCCAGCAGCAGCAGACCUCAGAGCCAGGACGAUGUCAGGUUGAGGAUUGGUGAAGCUGGUUUGGAGAGGCCUGCCAGCCCGGCUACAGGAUCGCCCAUCAAACCGCCACUCUCCCCAAAACCUGCAGUCGCCCCCAAACCGGUCCGCCACAGUCUACUGGCAGCACAAGCAGCUGGACUGUCCUCUCCAGGUGUGACGGUCAGCGUGGUCCAAAGUGUAGCCUUCACUGCCCCGUCGUCGCCGGCCCGUCAACAUGCGGCCCCUCAGAGUCCGUCCCUGUCGACUACCCGGCAUCACGCGUCUUCAACUGGACCGAUCCACGUCUCGGAGUCCUCCUGUGGGACCGAGGUGGUUCAGCAGAGACUGGAUCAGACCAGCACGUGUCUGGAAGCAGCUCUGAAGGCAGUUGAGAGGAAACUGAACCAGGACGACAACUCUGACGGCAGAGUCAGCACAGUGAAGUCGGCCGGGACCAUCCUGGACGACAUCGGAAACAUGUUUGACGACCUGGCCGACCAGCUGGACGCCAUGUUGGACUGAUGCUUCAUCUGCAGAAGCAUCGCCUUCAGCCUCAGGAAGUGAAACUCAGAGAACGAGUGGGGAAGCAACAGCGGAAAAGUGUUUUUACCUUCAACUCUGAACUAAACAACGGAGACAAAGUCACUUUUCAACAGCGCUUCGUCGAUGCUUCCCCAUCAAACGUUCCUUCAUUUGUAGCCGAACCCACAGAUGCUCAGUGUUUCUGCACAAACCUUUUAAUAUCCUUGCGUCGUCUCGUGCCAUAAAAAAAGAACCAAAAACGAGGUGGAAGACGGAGCAGCAGAUGUUAUGAGAACUGUCCAAUACUUCUGUUGAAAUAUGAAGUUUUUAUUCAGUUUGACCAAAUCCAGUCCACGUCCCGACAUUUCAUUGAGGUUUCUGUCCUCGUUUGUGUCCAUAUUCUGAGGUGAGUAUCUGCUGUAGCCAUGGAUAUCGGAGUCCGAAAACUUUUGAAGCAUUUUCAACUAGUUAUGAUCCAAAUAUUUAUAAUGAAAAGGAUUCUAUGUAAGGAGUGUUGCUUGUAACAAACCGUCCUGAUGUUGUAGAGUUGAGCUUCUCCUUUCUGCAUUUUGACCCAGUUCUUCCGUGUCGGUCUGAGGCCUUUCACCUUAAAAACAGAAAACAUGCGGUCCAGGUUCUGUCACCGUGUUCACCCACAAAAACACAUUUAACAGAGAAACAAAACAAAUUCAAAAGAGGUAAACUGGCCCAGUUGAACCGAGAAGAACCACCGAGAAGAACCGAGACCUGGACCAAUGAGAACCUACAGACACAUUAUAUUUAUGUGGACGUUCAGUUGGAGCUGCUUCUUCUUCUCCGUUUCUAAUAAGUCGUCUUUGGAUGUUUGGUCAAAACUGCAGACUGUCUUUGAAGAUGAAUUCAUUCACAUUAAACAAAAAUAUGCGCUCAUCUAAAACUGCAUCAUCUUAAAAUAUAUUUAAUUUAAUAGAAAAUUAACUUUAGAAAUCUGAAAUAAAAUGUUUAUAAACAUCCAUUUCCUUCCUUUUGGCAUCAGAAACAUAAAAAAUAUCUAUGACACGAGGGUAGAGGUGGAAGGAAAUCUGUGUUUCUAAACUUUUUUGAACAAACGCCCCCUUCACCUCAUCAUGAGCCUCCUGCCAACCCCUCCCCACAAAAAAAAAAUAUUGUGUUGGGAGGGGCAGGGUGCAACAGACGUUACCACUGAAGACCAGGGGGGGGGGGGUGUAGCUCAGUAAGUGCCACAAUGUACCUUAUUGUGUGUGUGUGUGUGGGGGGGGUUCCUCAUUGACAUAACAUGCUGCUUGUUACUGAUAGUUAUACAGACUAACGCCCCCUCUUUUGGUUUAACAGAAACACUGUGAAACUAAUAUUUUGUCCAUUUCAACUGAACAUAAUGUACAUUUUCUAGUUGGAACAGUGGGAUUUUACAGCAGUUUGAACCAAAAUUGUAUUUAGACAUUCAGUCAUCUGUAUUUGUCACAUAUAAAAGUAUUUUAAAGUACUAACUUAACAUUUAAAAUCCCUCCAAACCAAGUAUGUAGUGAAAUAUGUACAGAGUUAAAUAUGUAUGGAGUUAAAUAUAUAUGGUUUCUGAAGAAAGCUACCAGUUUGGACCAUAAAUGUCAUGAAAGUGUCAUAAAUGUAAAUAAAAUGUUCUGUUUGGUCCAAACUAUAGAUAUGUUCCAUUUACUGUCACAGAAAAGCAUAAAAUAUUCACAUUUAAGAUGUUGAAGCUUUUUUUUUUUCCUUAAAAAGUACUGAUUAUUCAAUGAUUGUGAAGUUGUUCAUCUUUAUAAACAGUCUGUGGUCGGAUCCAUCAUCUGAACCAAACGAUAAUAGAAUAAAAUAAAACAGUCCAAUACAAUAAAAGGCACUUUGAAUCAAUUACAAACAUUUCUUCAUUAAUUAAUUGCGAAACCCUGCGUGUCCGAGGGUUUUCCUCAGGCUUCUGGAAGGUUCCGGGUUCAGGUGGUGGAUCCUGUUAGACCCAGACGUCUUCAGCUCCGUCCGAUAAAACACAUCAUCGUGGCUUUGUUCAUUAAAAAAACGUUUUUUAAAGUGUCAGUGAACAGUCGAGUGUCGUCAAUGUAUGGGUUUAGGAGAAGCUCUGAAGUUACAGAAGAGAACUGGGCCAAAGAUGGAGCCCUGUGGAACUCCUGUGAUCGUCCACCAGACCGAUGUUGGACAGAAGCAUGUGUUCCGCUGCUAAAAACACAAACAUGACAUUGAAAGGAUUGUUUUUCCAGAACCACAAACGGAUUAUUGUCAAAGGCAGAACUUCAGUUUGUGUUUUUACUCGUUUGAUCUGAUGAAAACUGUGUCCGAACAUUUCAACAUUUAACAUUUACCUUUGUAUUAUUUAAAAAGUAUUUUAUACCAUGUGUUCGUAACCAUGUGUUCGUCUUCCACUCAGAUUGAUGACGGAGAAUUAAAGCCAUGAUCACGAAAAACACAGAUUUAUAGAAUAAAGUCAUGUUAUGAAAGUCGCAUUAUUAAUACGAUAAAGUAGAGAUUUAUAAAGUAGAGUAUUUAAUGUCAGAUCAACUGUAGUUGAACUUGAACCAGAUUUCAUUUGUGAUAUGAAAUUAUUUAUAAAAGAUGGAAACAGUUGAUUCUGAUCCAUCAAACAUUUAGUUGAAUUUAAAGAGUUUG